ACUGAGCCACACUGCGACUGCGCAGAAGAUUCAAAACCGGAUGUGUGAUCAACUAUUCGAUUUGUCUCCGCUUCUUUUCUACAAAAUAGCAAAGAUGUCUGGCUCAUCAAAUCUCGUUGCGAUGAAGAAAGUUGUCCAGCAGCUGCGUUUUGAAGCGAGCAUCAACAGAGUGAAGGUGUCCCAGGCAGCAGCAGACCUUCAGCAGUUCUGCAUGCAGAAUGCCCUCCAGGACCCCCUACUCACUGGGGUCUCCUCCAGCACCAACCCCUUCAGACCACAGAAGGUGUGCUCCUUCUUGUGAGACAGACUCAUAGGACAGACAAACCACAGCAUUAUUUGGCCUUCGUUUCGAUGCUACAGGGAAAAAGUUGACCUCAACACUGCUAUUCAUUUCUCAUGGCAUUCCACUGCCACAGAAUCUCAUGAAGUGUAGAAUAGCAUUUCAGAAAUCAUGUAAGGAAGACUUGCCAUCUAUUUUCAGCAAACCACCUUAAAGGAAAUGAUUACAGGUUUAUUUUUCAUGGCACAGGAUGGUUUUCAAGUAAAUUAUUGUGCCUUUUUUUCUAUUUUAUUCAUUGUUGACUUUUUGUAUUUAGAAAUUAAAACAUUCUUCUUUCUCUA